AUGAAUCAACCGCAGAUCGGCACGUACAAUGUAGGCACGCAAUUAACAGUUGGGUCACACCAAGUUGAAAUUGUCAAAUAUCUAACAAGUGGCGGGUUUGCCCAAGUAUAUUCCGCCCUAAUUAGUCCACCUGAUCCUCAUUCUCAUUCAAACAUUGCAUGUUUAAAAAGAGUCAUUGUUCCAGAUAAACCGAGCUUAAACACUUUAAGAGCUGAAGUGGAUGCCAUGAGGUUAUUAAGGAAUAACAGGUAUGUUGUAUCAUACAUUGAUUCUCAUGCUGCUAAGGCAAUGUUACACAACGGUUCAUAUGAAGUCUUCGUUUUAAUGGAAUACUGCGAAAGGGGUGGACUCAUUGAUUUUAUGAACACGAGGCUACAGAAUAGGCUGCAUGAAUUUGAGAUUUUGCAAAUUAUGAGUCAAGUUACCCAAGGAGUUGCUGCUAUGCACGCACUUCAACCUCCAUUAAUUCAUCGUGAUAUAAAAAUAGAAAACGUUCUUAUUUCAGCAAAUAAUGAGUAUAAACUUUGCGAUUUCGGUUCCGUAUGCGGUGUUAUUAGACCUCCUAGGAAUCCGCAAGAACUAUCAUACGUUCAGCAAGAUAUUUUCAAAAACACAACUGCACAAUAUCGUUCGCCAGAGAUGGUUGACAUAUUCCGUGGUCUGCCGAUAGAUGAAAAGUCUGAUAUAUGGGCCUUGGGUAUUUUUCUAUAUAAACUUUGCUAUUAUACAACGCCGUUCGAAAAAGGUGGUGAGCCUGCCAUACUAAGCGGACAUUUUGAAUUUCCACCGUAUCCAGAUUAUAGUGAGCAGCUGAGAGAUCUGAUACGCGAUAUACUGGUACAAAAUCCUUGCCAAAGGCCCAACGUUUAUCAACUACUGAAGAGAAUAUCGAUUAUGCAAAAUGUUCCAUGUCCAAUAAGCGACAUACAAGUGCCGCAAGCGCCUGACAGUCAUUUGAAUUUAACAGAACUUCAUCAGCUUUCUGCAACGCAAAACAUUCGAAGCUUGAAUUCUCAUUCGACCAUAGAAAGACCAAUACCGAACGCUGCAUUCCAAUCCAGCAUGCCCGAUGCCGCAACUCAAACACUUUUCAGUAGAAAAAAGUCCCAAACAUCUGAUAAUACUACUUUAAAUUACUCUGCGGAGAAUCCUCAAACUUCCUUGGAUAAAUCGGAGAGUGUGUCUCAUGUAUUGGACCCUUUAUUAUUUGAAUCAGGAAUGUCUAAUACCUCGAAGAGUCUCAACAGGGCCAAGGUAAGUUCCACGACCAAAUUGAAGCAGGUCAUUGAUUCAGAGGCACAUAAUUUCAGGCAUAAUUAUACAAUGAACCUGCCCCUGCGGAACAUAAUUCCUCAGGACGACGAUUCUUCGUCUUCUUCAGAUGAAUUAUAUCCGGAAGAUGUUGAUAAAUUGGAGAAAACUCAAUCUCUAGGUUCCUAUAUCUCACGUGACAAUAAAAAAGGCGAGUCCGUGAAAGAAUCUCUCACUUCAUCAAGCUUGCCAGGCAGUAGCCUCACAGCUACGCCUACAAAGCUUGAUUUGAAACUCGAAACUCUACCUAAUUCAACGUUCGUCAAUACUGUUGAUAAUUCUAAGAAUAGUUUUCGGAACUUUUCAAAGAGUAAUCCACUUGCAUAUGAUGAUGUGAGUGUAUCUAGACAAGAUUUGAAAAACUCCAUCCGACAGCGCAUGCUUGAUAAACUCAACUCUUCAGAGGAAUCAUUCAACGCCAGGAAGAUGCCCAAGGCGAAGGCGAGUGAAAAAGAAAGUACAGGUAAACCAAUAGCACUGAAACCAGGAAUCUCAACUUCGAAGGAUAAGAAAGCAAAGCCAAUCCCUCCGCCUAAGCCAUUACACUUGAGACCUAAGCCUCCUCCAAAACCACUAUUUUUGGCUGGACAAAAGCUAUCGGAGAAAUGA